AUGCCAAGAAGAGCUUUGCAGCUUCCAUCUGAAGUGUGGGCUCUUAUUUUCUCCUUCUUUGAACCUUUUCAAUUAUCUUCGAUUGAUCAAUCCAAAUGGUUAGCAACUGUAAUCCAUUAUUUUAAAAGUUCGGAUCCUAAAGAACAGUUAAAGGAAAUAGGAAAGAAAUGGACACAAACAAGAUGUAAAAACAGACUCUUGCAUGAUGGAAUUAAAUAUGGAGUUUCCAUCUUGGAUUUAUCUUGUUUAUUUUCUGAAAGUUUGGUUCUAAAGAUACAAAAGAUAAAUACAGGAAUCAAUAAGGGAGCAUUUUUAAAGUAUCCAAACUUUCAAAGGAUUGAGUUGACUGAUGGAAUGAUUUUGGAGAAUGAUCCUGGAAUACAAGCUGAAUUUGAAAGACAAGAUAUGAUUUGUAACAAUAUGACAUUGAAUUUACAUAAGGGAUUUGAAAAUUUGAAAGUGUUGAUUUUGGAUGGCUUUCACAAAUUGAAUGAUUAUUCAUUUAUGAAAAUAAUUUACAAUUACCCAAAUUUAGAGAAAAUUUCAUUGAAAGGUUGUUGGAAUGUUAAAGAAUUUGAUGUUUCACUUUUUCCAAAGUUAAAAUUAAUCACCAUUAAUGCUUCUCAAAUUCAUUUAAGAUUAAGUAUAUCUAGGACCAUCUGCCAGUUGACUAAAGAAGGUAAAGAAGCUCCUCAAUUAGUCGUGGAAGGAGGAACUGUUGUUCAGCUUAGUUAUAAAGGUAUAGUUCGUCCCUACCAUAUUGACCUUCUCUACACAGGUGAUGAGCUUUUGAAGAUGUGUUGCUUUGAAGUUAAUGAGAAUAUUAAGAGAUUAUUUAUCUUUUUUUCAAAAUUAUUACAAAGAGAAGAUGUUAUUGCAAGAUAUGAGUUAUUUGAAAAUAUCAAAAUCGAUGCAAUAUAA